UGAAGGAGAGAAGCAGGGGAAUGAACAGCAGGGACGGGGAAGUGAAACAGUUUGGAGACAGAAACCAAAAGAGAAAAAGAAGAGAAACCUAAAAGUUUUUUCAUCACUGUGGACUGUCACGACCUGUGUGAACAGACACGGCAACGGGUGAAGUACAGAGAAUCAGGGAUGAAUGUGGCUGAUCUGCUGUACCUUUGAUUAAUGCAACACACAGAUUCUCUUUGACAGCUACUUAAAAGCGCAGACAGUGUGUGUGAGAGCGAGAGAGUGACCGAGAGAGAGAAGAGGGUAACCGCUGACGCCAGACAAGACAGAAGGCCUGAGUGUGUGUGUGUGACUGUGUGAAUGGUACACACACCAGCUACACUGCCACUCGGACACACAUCCAUUCACCUGAAAAAAAGCAGUUUCUGGCAGAGAUCCAUGAUCUCGACCUCUCCUUCCUCCCGAAUUCUGCUGAAUCAGCUUUUAUUGUCAUCCGCACACUUCCAUUGACCCCACUUCUACAAAGAGUCUAUCCCCAAUUUAACGAACGGACAACCAGCAGUUAGUUUAUAAAACUCCAAUCCUGAUUGGAUGCUUAUCUCAGAAUGACAGCAGAAGACUCCGCCUCUGCCGUUGCUAUGAGUAACCCUAGCCCUUCCUCCUCCUCUAAGGCCUCCUCUGGGCUUCCGCAGCAUCACAGCGAUAUCCCCGAUGGAGUGGCUGGGGCCCCCAAUGAAGCUGCGCUUGUGGCCUUGAUGGAGCGGUCAGGUUAUGGUAUGGUGCAAGAAAAUGGACAGCGCAAAUACGGCCCGCCACCUGGCUGGCAAGGGCCCUCCCCUCCACGUGGCUGUGAAAUCUUUGUGGGUAAAAUCCCACGUGACGUUUACGAGGACGAGCUGGUGCCAGUAUUUGAGACUGUUGGACGGAUCUACGAGAUGCGCCUUAUGAUGGAUUUUGAUGGGAAGAACCGUGGUUAUGCAUUCGUCAUGUACACGCAGAAGCAUGAAGCUAAGCGAGCAGUUCGUGAUCUCAAUAACUUCGAAAUCCGUCCAGGAAGGUUGUUAGGUGUGUGCUGUAGUGUAGAUAACUGCCGCCUCUUCAUUGGAGGAAUCCCAAAAACCAAGAAGCGUGAGGAGAUCCUGGAGGAAGUUUCCAAGGUGACAGAAGGGGUGCUGGAUGUGAUUGUGUAUGCAAGUGCUGCGGAUAAGAUGAAGAAUCGUGGCUUUGCCUUUGUAGAGUAUGAGUCUCACCGCGCUGCUGCUAUGGCCAGAAGAAAGCUCAUGCCAGGACGAAUUCAGCUCUGGGGUCAUCAAAUUGCAGUUGACUGGGCAGAACCUGAGAUUGAUGUUGACGAGGACGUCAUGGAAACAGUAAAGAUUCUGUACGUGCGGAACCUGAUGAUAGAGACUAGUGAGGAUAUUCUACGCCAAACCUUCGGCCAGUUCAACCCUGGCUGCGUGGAACGUGUCAAAAAAAUCCGAGACUACGCCUUUGUUCACUUCGCCAGUCGAGAAGAUGCUGUGGUUGCAAUGGACAACCUGAAUGGCACAGAGAUCGAAGGUUCCCGUAUUGAAGUGACCCUGGCCAAGCCUGUGGAUAAGGAGCAGUACACCCGUUAUCAGAAAGCAUCGAAGGGAACAGUGGCUCCGACAACUACUGAAAACACCCAACAAAGUUACGUGUAUCAGUGUGACCCAUAUACACUCACCUAUUAUGGCUAUCCCUACAACACACUCAUUGGACCCAACCGAGAGUACUUCAUCAAAGCAGGUACUGUAAGAGGCCGUGGCCGUGCUGGGGCCAGUAAUAGGGGCCCAGGGCCCCGCGGCUCAUACCUUGGUGGUUAUUCAGCUGGCCGAGGCAUUUACAGCCGCUACCAUGAAGGAAAGGGCAAAUUGCCGGACAAACCUUACGAGAUCAUGUCCAAUCUAGAGCUGGCAGCUGUGAACCAAGUGGGCAUCAAGCCUGGCACAAUGGCUCUUCCAGCUCUUGGUGCUCAGUACCCUACUGUGUUUUCUGCUGCCCCUGCAACUAAGUUAAUGGAUGAAGGGAAGAUGCACUCAGUGGAGCACCUGAUAAACCCUUUGGCCCUCCAGCAUGACCCCACAGCUGCCUCGGCCACUGCAGCGGUCAUACCUGCAGUCUCCACACCACCUCCUUUCCAGGGUCGUUCUAUAACCCCCAUCUAUGCCAUGGCUCACAAUAUCCAGAGGAUCCCGACUGCUGCCAGUCUGUAUGGAGCCAGCUAUAUGCCUAUUGCUACCCACGCCAACACGGCCACACUGGCAGCGCUGCAGAAGAAUGCUGCUAUGGCAGCUGUGCCAACCUAUGGAGGGUACGCUGGGUACAUGCCUCAGGCCUUCCCUGCCACCUUCCAGAUGCCCAUUCAUGAUGUAUACCAGACCUACUGAGAUCACAAUGACUUACACUUACACACACCACAUCACCACAGGCCAUCAGACAUCUACACCACUGUAUGAGGUCUGCUGGUUAAUUGAACCACGGAGAGUGAAACUGACAUACAACAAAACUAACACCUUCUGACUCGUGUGAAGCUCCCUGGAAGCCUUUAGAUUAGACGCUGGCAAAGCUAAAUUAUCUCACAUCUUCAUCAGCCCCUCUGGCCCACAUUUAUUAAUCCAGACAUAUGACCUAGACCAAAACCAUAUUUAUAUGCUACUGAUUAGCUUAUCAAGACAGGUAGACUUUUGUGUUAUAUGUUAUGGACUCAAAUCCUGCAAUGUGACCACAACCUCGUCUAUUUUCCCUUUAGACCAAUAGGAAACAGCCUGUCAGUUCGACUUCUUAAAGGAAUCGAUAACUCUUGCUGAUUUCCAAAGCCUUCACACGACUGAAUGAAUGACAAGUUAACACUCAUUUGCGUAUUUUAUCAUUCAUUUUAUUAGUUGAUACCCAGUAAAGCUGUGGACUGAUUCCGAGUGAUAUGUUCAUAUGAAGAAACUUCAAAUAAGACUUGCAAAGGCAGACCUACUGACACAUCACCGUCUUCCCCACACACUCCAGCUGAGAAUCGUGAGCCAGAGCGUCCUAAUACCAAUCCUCUGCAUUCACGGCCACACGAAUACUGAAGGAACAUUGUACUAUUUGUGGACUUUAAUGAGAACGUAUUUAAUGCCUCUCUACGCUUUAGUGCAUUUACUUUUGUUUUGUGAAGAAAAACAAAAUUGGCAAUAAACUGUAAAAUGAACAAACAACUGCUGAGCAGGAACUUCAACAACCACAGAAGUAGAAGAUUUAAAGUGUUUCAUGAAAAUGCUGUAUUUUGAGUUUAUAACAUAAAUGCAUUGAAGAUGUCCAAAUGCAUAAUCUUCCGUCCGCUGGGUUUGCUGCACGCGAGUCUAUAUGCAAAUACCUGCAUUCGUUUUUUCUCCUUAACUGCUAAUAUUGCUUUUGCGUUUUUAUAUUUAGAUCGUUUUAAAAUUCUACUGUUUAGUUUGUUUGAAGAGGUUGUUUUUGUUUAGAAGAUAUUUUUCUUCUCUUAACUAGAAGAUAGACAAACACUGUUUUCAUGCGUAUUCUCAGAGGCGAAAUAAGUUUGAGUGUUCAACAAAAAGAGAAGUUUUUUCAGUCGGUUGGAUAAAUACUGGAUAACAUUAGUACUUCGUUAAAGGUAUAGUUCACCCAGAAAUGAAAUCGUUUCAAACCUGUAUAGCUUACUUUCUUCAUUGGAACAUGAGAGAAGGUAUUUAGAGUGUUUGUUUUUCAUAUAUACAAUGGAAGUCAAUGUUAACCAAAUUAUAUUCUAUUGUACUCUGCAGAAGAAAGAAAGCCAUACAGAUUUGGAAUGACUUGAGGAUGAGUUAAAGAUGUUUUUGUUUUUGUGUAAACUAUCCCUUUAAUAUGUUUUAAAUGCACAAACCAGACUGACAAAAAAGUAGCUGGGUUGGAAAAGCAGCAUUAUUUAUGAUGACUAUGUUCUGCUUACUUUUGCAGGUUGUGUUAGUUGAUGACCAACCCUUAUUUUUUCAGACCACUAUACUGUGAUUCCCAGCAUCCAGUUCUGUGAAGUCUUAUGUGCCUCAUUAGGGGAACAGAGGUUCCCUUAUCCGCUUUUGUGCCAUUAAUACAAAUUAUACCUGAAGUACUGUCCCAUUUACCACUGAACCAAUUAUGUUCAUGUUGUUUAUUAACAGUCUUGACUUGCAGACCUUGAGUUGCAGAAUAAAAUCAGGUUAAUGGCGCAAUACUCUCAAUCCCCCAUCCGAAAACCUUCUAUAGAUGUGUGUAGACACAGAAGACGGACCAUUGAGUUUUUGUUUUAGUUUUUGUAGUUCUAACCCUGCAUUUUUGUAGAUCACACUCCAAGUUGUGCUACUGUAGUAUGGUAUGUGUUAGCAGCGAUGACUGUUCUGAGGUGCACUUAAAUAUUUUAGGGUGUUAGAAGUUCUUGUGUGUGUAUAUGCUGUGUGAGCAGUCACUUUUGUCUUUUUAGGGGUAUUUUGAUACUCCUAGAACUGAAAUGAACUGGACCAAACUGAAACCAGGGAGCUCAGAGAACCUGUUAAUAUCCUCAUUGUCUUUUCAAUGACUGCUGUGUGUCACAUCAGUGUCCUCCUGUGUCCUUCAGCAGGACUGCAUAUGUCACAUGUGCCUUUAUUCAGACUGCUGUCUGUCAAGUGACCUCUUAAACACUGUUUGUGAUACCACAGUGCCUCUUCUGUCCUAUUUUCUUUCAGAAAGUCUAUUUUUUUUCUUUCUUUUUUGUGUGUGUUAUACUGUUGUUUCUAUGGGGGCUCUGAGUGUUAGAGUGCUGCUUUAUGUUGUAUUAUGCUUUCAUGUUCUAACAGAGUUAAUGUUUUAUUAAGUAUAGCCUGUUUUUUUUCUGUUUUUUAAGAAGAGACUGAGUGAAAGUUUGGGGAAAACUUCACAAUAUACCAAACAAAGAAUGACAAUCCAUGCAAGUCACAUCACGUAAGCUAGAAACACAUUUUUACACACUGCUGCGAUCAUCUAGGAUAUGGCAUAUCUGUGUGUUUUUGAGAAAAGUGAACCAUCCCCAGUAGUUUUUCUCUGUCUGUUAUCUAAUCUUUUAUUAUGAGUAAAGCAGUCAGGAUAUAUUUAAUAUAUACAGUACAUUUGUUUUGUGUGUAUGAAGUAAGAGGAAAUGCUAUAAUAUAUUUUAAGAAGAUUUUUCCAUCUUAUACAUUAGAUGUGUUUAGAGAGUUUAACAACAACAAAAACGUCUUUUUUGACAAAGUGUUCAACUAAUGCGAAUGUGUUUAUGUGUGGAUAUAUAAAUGUGGCUGUAAGUUGCCAGUGUGGAAUAAUACUGGCCCAGAUUGAUCACACAUUCAUUGACAAAACACUCUUUAUUUUGCGAUCAUUUCAUAAACACUACAUGUGUAGCGUUUUUCUCUCUCUCCAUUUUAGACUUGUUUCUUGUUACUAAAAGACAAAUGAACAAGACAAGGUGACCUCGGCUGAGGACAUUUAGAUAAUGCAAAAUGUUAUUGCCAUAAUAUUCUUACCUUUUCUUUUUUCUUCUUCUUUUUUUAGAUCUACUUAGAACUGUUUUCUAUCUUGCAUUGUUUGUUUUAAAACUUUUUUGGCAUUGUUGUAUUUAUAGAGGUAGUUAAAUAAAACAUUUUCAAAAGGAAAA